GAACAUAUAAAAAAUUCAAAUAACAUCGUUCGAGACUGAAUUAAAUAAAAGAAAAGAAUGGCAAUUGAACAAAUCAACGGUGAAAUGGGCGAAACAACAAAUGUUGGCGAAAUGAAACUUGUUGAAGAAAGUGAUAUUACAAAAAGCCGUUAUUCUCCGCUCUGCAGACAGAUAAUUGCCGCAACGGGCCCAACAGCUACAACAAUCUCAGUUGGUAUGGUAAUUGGAUUUUCAGCCAUACUGAUACCAGAACUACAAAUGCCGGAUAGUCGUAUUCAUGUUGAUCUUGAGAUAGCUUCAUGGAUUGCAUCGAUCGCUUUAUUGCCAAUGGCGCUGGGCUGUUUAAUUGCUGUAUUUUUAUUAGAUCGCUUUGGACGUAAAACGACACUGCUUAUACUAAAUGUGCCGUUUGUCAUUGGAUGGUGCAUCAUUUCGAUGAGUGACUCGAUGUGUUUGCUGUUCAUUGGUCGAAUUUUAACUGGUUUUUGUGCCGGCAUCGCUAGUCCCACAGCACCAAUGUAUUUGAGCGAAAUUUCAUCACCAAAUUAUCGUGGAUUUUUUUUGGCAUCAAUCACAUUCGAUGUAGCAUUGGGAAUACUUUUGACACAUUCUCUUGCAAUAUACUGUCCAUGGAGUGUGAAUGCGAUUUGUUGUGGUUUCUUACCGUUUUUUGCAUAUAUUGUGACAACAUUUGUGGCAGAGAGCCCGUCAUAUUUAUUAAAAAAGAAUCGAAUCCAUGACGCAUAUCAUAAUUAUCGGUGGUUACGCGGAUACGAUGAAAUUGCUAACAAGGAAUUUGAAUCAAUGGUCGAUGCUCAAAUCGAAAUAUCCACAUCACAAGUAAAUGAUAAGAACAAUGAAUCCGGCAUCGUUCAUAAUCAACCUCAUCAAUGUCAUCAACGUUCGAUUGAUCAUUUGCGUCAGCUGAUAGCAAAUAAGUCAUUUAAUUUUCCCGUGCUACUUCUAUCGAUUUACUUUUUGACGCUUCAAUUCUCCGGUGUAAAUGCGGUCAUAUUUUACACAGUUACCAUACUUCGUGAAUCAUUAGGCGCAAAUAUUAAUGAAUAUAUUGCCACAAUGGUUAUUGAUGUUGUGCGAUUGGUCGCAUCACUCAUCGCAUGCAUUGCUGUCAAAAAUAUGGGAAGACGUACAUUAACACUGUGGAGUGGUGGAUCGACAGCGUUUUGCCUCUUCGGUUUAUCAUUUUACUUGAAUUUGUCCGCCGAGAAUUCGUUGAAGAAUCAUGCAAGUGUGCCAUUAGUGCUCUUUGUAAUCUAUACAUUGGUGUUAUCGAUUGGCAUCAAUCCGUUGCCAUGGUGCUUAACGGGGGAAUUGUUUCCGUUACGAUUUCGUGCGAUUGGUUCGGCGUUAGUGACAUUUUUCAAUUUUCUAUGCUUUUUCAUUGUUGUUAAAACCAGUCCGAUCUAUUUUAAUAUUUACGGUGGCAGCAAAAUGUUCUGCUUUUAUGGCAUUGUGACGUCGAUUGGGACCAUCUUCUUAAUGGCAUUUUUGCCGGAGACAAAAAAUAAAUCAUUACAAGAGAUCGAAGACAAUUACACUGCAAAACGGAAACAUAAAAUGAGUCGCAAUAAAGUGCAGCAGUCGUAAAAAAAUAACAACACUCACACAGACACAUAUGCAUACAUACAACAUCAGCAGCCAAACAAGUACAAUGUGAAGAAAAGGCGAAGACACAAUACGAACACAACACAAUAAAAGUGAAACAGCUUAGUACACGAAUUUUGGUGAAAUGUAUUUAAAGUUGUGAAAAAAUGCCACAAACAUGCUUAUCAGAUCUAUCAAAAUUGCAUGAGUCGCAAUUGCUAUCAAAACCGUUUGAUCCAAAGCUAUUUUACAUUUCUAGAUUGCAAGCGUCAUGAAGCGUAUGUAAAUGUUUGCGACUGUGUGCGGCAACAUCGAGCCAAAGAAAAGCACCCAAAAUAACAUUAAAAAAAACAAGAAAAAAGCCGACAAAUGCGAGGCAGGGCAGAUCAAUGCAAGUUAUAUGUGCCCUGUCAUUAUUUUGAAGAACGUAGUGACAAAUGCAAGAAGUUGACAUCGAUUACGUGAUGGCUCGUGUAAUGAUUAUAAUAGAGCGUCAAACAACAUCUGAAUGCUUAUCUCGUAAAGUCUGUGAAACUGCUCCAUAUAUGAUUAGUACCCGAUAUUAUUUUUUUUAUUCUUGUCGCAUUUAUAGAAUCGUGAUAACCACUUGCCGAGUUCCCGCAAAUGAUUUCGAGUGUGUAAAAUUUCAAAGGAAACAAAAAAAUUGUAAAAGAAAACGAACAUCAGGGCAAAUACACAUUCGCACACGAUGUAUAAAACCACCGCUAUAGCGAUUUUUAUACAAACCGAUUUUUAUAAAACCGCUAUAGCGUCAAUACAUAACGUUAUGUUCAACAUUCAUUUUCAGUGCUUUCGUAAUUUACUUAUCUAAAAUCAAUUUUUUCGCAUUUUGACAUUAGAAUUGUGUUAUGUAUACAUUUGAACGCACUUUCAUUAUUUUCUCAUUCUUUUAUCGAUUUUCACUUACCAUCGCGCACACGUUAUAAUGUCUAUUGGCUGCGUACUCCGGCCGAUAUUGAAAAUUCUAUUUAGUAAGAAAAAUGCACACAUAUUAAGUCCUAUAAUACAAUUCAUAGUUUAUUAAGUGUUCGAAAAAAAUGUUCGUCGUUACAACAUUCAUAAUAUGACUGAUGAUACAUAUUUCAUUUUUGCUUAAA